AUGUUGAAGUUCAAGUAUGGAGCACGGAAUCUGCCGGACGCUGGUGCUGCUGAAUCCAUUGCCAGCCGGGCCUCCAGGUUGAAUCUUUUCUUCCAGGGGAAACCACCCUUCAUGACUCAACAGCAGAUGUCUCCUCUUUCCCGAGAAGGGAUAUUAGAUGCCCUCUUUGUUCUCUUUAAAGAAUGCAGUCAGCCUGCUCUGAUGAAGAUUAAGCACGUGAGCAACUUUGUCCAGAAGUAUUCUGACAUCAUAGCUGAGUUGCAGGAGCUCCAGCCUUCAGCAAAGGACUUUGAAGUGAGAAGUGUCUUAGGUUGCGGUAACUUUGCUGAAGUGCAGGUGGUCAGAGAGAAAGCGACCGGGGACAUCUAUGCCAUGAAAGUCAUGAAGAAGAAGGCUUUGUUGGCCCAGGAGCAGGUUUCAUAUUUUGAGGAAGAACAGAACAUAUUAUCUCGGAGCACAAGCCCUUGGAUCCCCCAGUUACAGUAUGCCUUUCAGGACAAAAAUAAUCUUUAUCUGGUCAUGGAAUAUCAGCCUGGAGGGGAUUUGCUGUCACUUUUGAACAGAUAUGAGGACCAGUUAGAUGAAAAUAUGGUUCAGUUUUACCUAGCUGAACUCAUUUUGGCUGUUCACAGCGUUCAUCAGAUGGGAUAUGUACAUCGAGACAUCAAUCCCGAGAACAUCCUCAUUGACCGAAUGGGACACAUCAAGCUGGUGGAUUUUGGAUCAGCUGCUAAAAUGAACUCAAAUAAGAUGGUGAAUGCCAAACUCCCAGUUGGGACCCCAGAUUACAUGGCCCCUGAAGUGUUGACCGUCAUGAAUGGGGAUGGAAAAGGUGCCUAUGGCCUAGACUGUGAUUGGUGGUCGGUGGGAGUUAUUGCUUAUGAGAUGGUUUAUGGAAGGUCCCCAUUCACUGAGGGAACCUCAGCCAGAACCUUCAAUAACAUCAUGAAUUUCCAGCGGUUUUUGAAGUUUCCAGAUGAUCCCAAAGUUAGCAGUGAAUUACUUGAUCUGAUCCAAAGUUUGUUGUGUGGCCAGAAAGAGAGACUGAAGUUUGAAGGCCUUUGCUGUCAUCCUUUCUUCUCUAAAAUCGACUGGAGUAACAUUCGAAACUCUCCUCCCCCCUUCGUUCCCACCCUCAAGUCUGAUGAUGACACCUCCAAUUUUGAUGAACCAGAGAAGAAUUCGUGGGUUUCAUCCUCUCCGUGCCAGCUGAACCCCUCAGGUUUCUCAGGAGAAGAACUGCCGUUUGUGGGGUUUUCGUAUAGCAAGGCACUGGGAAUUCUUGGUAGAUCUGAGUCUGUUGUGUCAAGUCUGGACUCCCCUGCCAAGACUAGCUCCAUGGAAAAGAAACUUCUCAUCAAAAGCAAAGAGCUGCAAGACUCCCAGGACAAGUGUCACAAGAUGGAGCAGGAAAUGACCCGGUUACAUCGGAGAGUGUCAGAGGUGGAGGCUGUGCUUAGUCAGAAGGAGGUGGAGCUGAAGGCCUCUGAGACUCAGAGAUCCCUCCUGGAGCAGGACCUUGCUACCUACAUCACAGAGUGCAGUAGCUUAAAGCGAAGUUUGGAGCAAGCACGGAUGGAGGUGUCCCAGGAGGACGACAAAGCACUGCAGCUUCUCCACGAUAUCAGAGAGCAGAGCCGGAAGCUCCAAGAAAUCAAAGAGCAGGAGUACCAGGCUCAAGUGGAAGAAAUGAGGUUAAUGAUGAAUCAGUUGGAAGAGGACCUGGUUUCGGCCAGAAGACGGAGUGAUCUCUAUGAAUCGGAGCUCAGAGAGUCUCGGCUGGCCGCCGAAGAGUUCAAGCGGAAAGCAACAGAAUGUCAGCAUAAAUUGAUGAAGGCUAAAGAUCAAGGGAAGCCUGAAGUGGGAGAAUAUGCCAAACUGGAGAAGAUCAAUGCUGAGCAGCAGCUCAAAAUUCAGGAGCUCCAAGAGAAGCUGGAAAAGGCCGUGAAAGCCAGCACAGAGGCCACCGAGCUGCUGCAGAACAUCCGCCAGGCGAAGGAGCGGGCCGAGCGCGAGCUGGAGAAGCUGCACAGCCGCGAGGACUCUUCCGAAGGCAUCAGGAAGAAGCUGGUGGAAGCCGAGGAACGCCGCCACUCUCUGGAGAACAAGGUAAAGAGGCUAGAGACCAUGGAGCGUAGAGAAAACAGACUGAAGGAUGGCAUCCAGACAAAGUCCCAACAGAUCCAGCAGAUGGCUGAUAAAAUUCUGGAACUGGAGGAGAAGCACCGAGAAGCCCAGGUCUCAGCCCAGCACCUGGAGGUGCACCUGAAACAGAAAGAACAGCACUACGAGGAAAAAAUUAAAGUGUUGGACAAUCAGAUAAAGAAAGACCUAGCCGACAAGGAGACUUUGGAGAACCUGAUGCAGAGACACGAAGAGGAGGCCCACGAGAAAGGCAAGAUUCUCAGCGAGCAGAAGGCGAUGAUCAACGCCAUGGAUUCCAAGAUCAGAUCCCUGGAACAGAGGAUAGUGGAAUUGUCGGAAGCCAAUAAACUUGCGGCAAACAGCAGUCUCUUUACCCAGAGGAACAUGAAGGCCCAGGAAGAAAUGAUUUCAGAACUCAGGCAGCAGAAGUUUUACCUGGAGACACAGGCUGGGAAACUGGAGGCCCAGAACCGGAAGCUGGAGGAGCAGCUGGAAAAAAUCAGCCACCAAGACCACAGCGACAAGAAUCGCCUGCUGGAGCUGGAGACCAGGCUGAGGGAGGUCAGUCUAGAGCAUGAAGAGCAGAAACUGGAGCUCAAGCGCCAGCUCACGGAGCUGCAGCUCUCUCUGCAGGAGCGCGAGUCUCAGCUGACAGCCCUGCAGGCAGCCCGGGCAGCUCUGGAGAGCCAGCUCCGCCAGGCAAAGACGGAGCUGGAAGAGACAACAGCGGAAGCAGAAGAAGAGAUCCAGGCGCUCACGGCACAUAGAGAUGAAAUCCAACGCAAAUUUGAUGCUCUUCGUAACAGCUGUACUGUAAUCACAGACCUGGAGGAGCAGCUAAACCAGCUGACGGAGGACAACGCUGAGCUCAACAACCAAAAUUUCUACUUGUCCAAACAACUUGAUGAGGCCUCUGGCGCCAGCGACGAGAUCGUACAGCUGCGAAGUGAAGUAGACCAUCUCCGCCGCGAGAUCACGGAGAGGGAGAUGCAGCUCACCAGCCAGAAGCAAACGAUGGAGGCUCUGAAGACCACCUGCACAAUGCUGGAGGAGCAGGUCAUGGACCUGGAGGCCCUGAACGACGAGCUGCUGGAAAAAGAGCGGCAGUGGGAGGCCUGGAGGAGCGUCCUUGGUGACGAGAAGUCCCAGUUUGAGUGUCGGGUUCGGGAGUUACAGAGGAUGCUGGACACCGAGAAGCAGAGCAGGGCGAGGGCCGAUCAGCGGAUCACCGAGUCGCGCCAGGUGGUCGAGCUGGCAGUGAAGGAGCACAAGGCUGAGAUUCUGGCCCUGCAGCAGGCUCUCAAGGAACAGAAGCUGAAGGCCGAGAGUCUCUCUGACAAGCUCAAUGACCUGGAGAAGAAACACGCCAUGCUUGAAAUGAAUGCCCGAAGUUUACAACAGAAGCUGGAGACGGAACGAGAGCUCAAACAAAGGCUUCUGGAAGAGCAAGCCAAGUUACAGCAGCAGAUGGACAUGCAAAAGAGUCAUAUUUUCCGUCUGACUCAAGGGCUACAAGAAGCUCUAGAUCGGGCUGAUCUGCUGAAGACAGAAAGGAGUGAUCUGGAAUAUCAGCUAGAGAACAUUCAGGUUCUCUAUUCUCAUGAAAAGGUGAAAAUGGAAGGCACUAUUUCUCAACAAACCAAACUCAUCGAUUUUCUGCAAGCCAAAAUGGACCAACCUGCUAAAAAGAAAAAGGGUUUAUUUAGUCGACGGAAAGAGGACCCUGCUUUGCCCACACAGGUUCCUCUGCAGUACAAUGAGCUGAAGGUGGCUCUGGAGAAGGAGAAAGCUCGCUGCGCGGAGCUCGAGGAAGCCCUGCAGAAGACCCGCAUCGAACUCCGCUCCGCCCGGGAGGAAGCUGCCCACCGGAAAGCUGCAGACCACCCGCACCCGUCCACGCCGGCCACCGCCAGGCAGCAGAUCGCCAUGUCCGCCAUCGUGCGGUCGCCCGAGCACCAGCCCAGCGCCCUGAGCCUGCUCGCCCCGCCGUCCAGCCGCAGGAAGGAGUCUUCGACUCCAGAGGAAUUCAGCCGGCGUCUUAAGGAGCGCAUGCACCACAACAUUCCUCACCGGUUCAACGUAGGACUGAACAUGCGAGCCACGCAGUGCGCCGUGUGUCUGGAUACCGUGCACUUCGGGCGCCAGGCAUCCAAGUGUCUUGAAUGUCAGGUCAUGUGUCAUCCCAAGUGCUCCACGUGCUUGCCAGCUACCUGUGGCCUGCCAGCCGAAUAUGCCACGCACUUCACUGAGGCCUUCUGCCGUGACAAAAUGAACUCCCCGGGUCUCCAGACCAAGGAGCCCAGCAGCGGCUUGCACCUGGAAGGGUGGAUGAAGGUGCCCAGGAAUAACAAACGAGGACAACAAGGCUGGGACAGGAAGUACAUCGUCCUGGAGGGCUCAAAAGUCCUCAUUUACGACAAUGAAGCCAGAGAAGCUGGACAGAGGCCAGUGGAAGAAUUUGAGCUGUGCCUUCCCGACGGGGACGUGUCUAUUCAUGGCGCCGUUGGUGCUUCUGAACUCGCAAACACAGCCAAAGCAGAUGUCCCCUACGUGCUCAAGAUGGAAUCUCACCCGCACACCACCUGCUGGCCCGGGAGAACCCUCUACUUGCUGGCUCCCAGCUUUCCCGACAAGCAGCGCUGGGUCACCGCCUUAGAGUCAGUUGUCGCAGGUGGGAGAGUGUCUAGGGAAAAGGCAGAAGCCGAUGCUAAAUUGCUUGGAAACUCGCUGCUGAAACUGGAAGGCGAUGACCGGCUCGACAUGAACUGCACGCUGCCCUUCAGCGACCAGGUGGUGCUGGUGGGCACCGAGGAAGGGCUGUACGCGCUGAAUGUCUUGAAGAACUCCCUCACCCACGUCCCAGGGAUCGGAGCAGUCUUCCAGAUUUACAUCAUCAAGGACCUGGAGAAGCUCCUCAUGAUCGCAGGAGAAGAGCGGGCCCUGUGUCUCGUGGACGUGAAGAAAGUGAAACAGUCCCUCGCACAGUCUCACCUUCCCGCCCAGCCGGACAUCUCACCCAACAUCUUUGAAGCCGUCAAGGGCUGCCACUUGUUUGCUGCCGGCAAGAUUGAGAGCGGGCUCUGCAUCUGUGCGGCCAUGCCCAACAAAGUUGUCAUUCUCCGCUACAACGAAAACCUCAGCAAGUACUGCAUUCGGAAAGAGAUCGAGACCUCGGAGCCCUGCAGCUGUGUCCACUUCACCAACUACAGUAUCCUCAUCGGAACCAAUAAAUUCUACGAAAUUGACAUGAAGCAGUACACGCUGGAGGAAUUCCUGGAUAAGAACGACCAUUCCUUGGCGCCUGCCGUGUUUGCCUCCUCUUCCCACAGUUUCCCCGUGUCCAUCAUGCAGGUGAACGGCGCGGGGCAGCGGGAGGAGUUCCUGCUCUGCUUUCAUGAGUUUGGGGUGUUCGUGGAUUCUUAUGGAAGACGCAGCCGCACAGAUGAUCUCAAGUGGAGUCGCUUACCUUUGGCUUUCGCCUACAGAGAACCUUAUCUGUUUGUGACCCACUUCAACUCACUCGAAGUAAUCGAGAUCCAGGCCCGCUCCUCUCUGGGGACCCCUGCCCGAGCGUACUUGGAAAUCCCGAACCCACGCUACCUGGGCCCUGCAAUUUCCUCGGGAGCGAUUUACCUGGCGUCCUCAUAUCAGGAUAAAUUAAGGGUCAUCUGCUGCAAAGGAAACCUCGUGAAGGAGACCGGCACUGACCACCACCGGGGCCCGUCCACCUCCCGCAGCCCCAACAAGCGAGGCCCGCCGACGUACAACGAGCACAUCACCAAGCGCGUGGCCUCCAGCCCGGCGCCUCCCGAAGGCCCCAGCCACCCGCGAGAGCCCGGCACGCCGCACCGCUACCGCGAGGGGCGGACCGAGCUGCGCAGGGACAAGUCUCCGGGCCGCCCCCUGGAGCGGGAGAAGUCCCCCGGCCGGAUGCUCAGCACGCGCAGGGAGCGCUCCCCCGGGAGGCUGUUUGAGGACGGCAGCAGGGGCCGGCUGCCCGUGGGAGCCGUGAGGACCCCGCUGUCCCAGGUCAACAAGGUCUGGGACCAGUCUUCAGUAUAAAUCUCAGCCAGAAAACCCAACUCCUCAUCUUGAUCUGCAGGAAAACACCAACCGCACUAUGGAACGCUGCUGAAAGGGACCCCCAGUGCCCACAGCGCAGCUGGACCCAGACCCGCCUCAGCACGGACAGCCUGCAGCCAGGAGGGGCUGGGGCUCCUGGGAGCUGCCGGCACCCUCCUGCAGUCACCCUCUUUGCACUUUGUUACUCUUUCAAAGCAUUCAUAAACUUUUGUACCUAGCUCUAGCCUGUACCAGUUCAUCACAG